CUUCUCGCCGACCCGAUCGGCCCUUUUCUCAUCACAGGUCCACGGGCACCCGAACUCAAGGACGCGAUGCAACGCGGCUUACAUCAGUCACUGCAGAGCAGCACAGAGCAUCGCGUGUUCGGGAGCUCGUUGCUGCCUGGGACGAGACCCGCAUGCAUCACGACCCACCGCAGUUGAGCUUCCAACUUCGCGACCAUGAUUCUCGAGAGGGGACCGGGGAGGAGGCGCGUGGGGAUCAACGCCGACGGCUGCUUCCGUAGCUGCCAUCCAAGGAUGUCAUUCGGGGCCGAUCGUCGUGGGCUCCUCUGGUAAACAUGAACUGAAAAAAUCUCGGCGCCUCUGGGGUGGCGGAUAUAAUGGAUGUCUCACCCGCAUAACCCGCCCAUCCGGCGAUCUCUGCAUCUCACCAGCUACGGGUCGUUGCAGACAUUGUGCAAGGUGAACACAACCAGGUCUCGCCGCGCGGUCCAACAUGAAGCCAGCCGCUGCUCUUGCUUGCCUGGCCAGCGGCACCCUUGCUGCUGCAGGCGCCCUCAACCCGUCAAGCAAGCUCGGAAAGAGGGCCCUCGCGACAUCCGAGCCCUUCUACCCAUCGCCAUGGAUGAACCCGGACGCCGAGGGGUGGCAGGAGGCAUAUGCCAAGGCCAGGGACUUUGUCUCCCAGAUGACUCUGUUGGAGAAGGUCAACCUGACCACUGGUGUAGGUUGGGGAGGAGAGCAGUGCGUCGGCCAAGUGGGUGCGAUCCCUCGCCUGGGUCUCCGUAGCCUGUGCAUGCAGGACGCGCCGCUGGGUAUCCGAGGAACCGACUACAACUCGGCAUUUCCCUCGGGCCAGACUGCUGCAGCCACGUUUGACCGCGGCCUGAUUUACAGGCGCGGCUACGCCAUGGGCCAGGAGGCCAAGGGUAAGGGUGUCAAUGUCCUCCUUGGACCGGUUGCCGGUCCCCUUGGGCGCAUGCCUGCCGCUGGUCGAAACUGGGAAGGAUUCUCUCCUGAUCCCGUUCUUACCGGUGUCGGUAUGUCCGAGUCAGUCAAGGGAAUCCAGGAUGCUGGCGUCAUUGCCUGCGCGAAGCAUUUCAUUGGGAACGAACAAGAGCACUUCAGGCAAGUCGGGGAGGCCAGGGGGUACGGGUUCGACAUCAAGGAGACUUUGUCCUCAAACAUCGACGACAAGACCAUGCACGAGCUCUACCUCUGGCCCUUUGCCGACGCUGUCCGUGCCGGCGUUGGCUCCGUCAUGUGCUCGUACCAGCAGAUCAACAACUCAUACGGCUGCCAGAAUUCUGCUGUUCUCAACCACCUGCUCAAGAACGAGCUUGGUUUCCAGGGCUUUGUCAUGAGCGACUGGCAGGCUCAGCACACUGGCGCAGCCAGCGCCGUGGCCGGUCUUGACAUGACCAUGCCGGGCGACACCGAAUUCAACACCGGUCUCAGUUUCUGGGGCACCAACCUCACCCUCGCUGUCCUCAACGGUACCGUCCCUGCUUACCGGGUCGAUGACAUGGCGAUGCGCAUCAUGGCCGCCGUCUUCAAGGUCGGCCAGAGCACCAAGAUGGAUCCUAUCAACUUCUCCUUCUUCGUUCAGGACACGUACGGUCCAAUCCAUGCUAGUGCGAACGAGGGCUACCAGCAGGUCAACUUCCAUGUCGAUGUCCGUGGCGACCACGGCAACCUCAUCCGCGAGAUUGCCGCCAAGGGAACGGUGCUGCUGAAGAACACCGGCUCGCUGCCCCUGAACAAGCCCAAGUUCAUUGCCGUCAUCGGCGAAGACGCCGGCCCGAAUCCCAACGGACCCAACUCGUGCAACGAUCGGGGAUGCGAUAGCGGCACACUGGCCAUGGGCUGGGGUUCUGGCACGGCCAACUUCCCCUACCUGAUUACUCCUGAUGCUGCUCUCCAAGCCCAAGCCGUGAAGGAUGGCUCGCGGUACGAGAGCAUCCUCUCCAACUACGCCACUUCCCAGACGAAGGCUCUCGUGUCAAAGGACAAUGUGACGGCCAUCGUCUUUGUCAAUGCCGAUUCUGGCGAAGGCUACAUCAACGUGGACGGGAACAUGGGCGACCGGAAGAACUUGACGCUGUGGAAGGACGGCGAUGCUUUGGUCAAGAACGUGUCCAGCUGGUGCUCCAACACCAUCGUGGUCAUCCACUCUGUCGGCCCGACCCUCUUGACCGACUGGUAUGACAGCCCCAACGUCACCGCCAUUCUUUGGGCUGGUCUCCCUGGCCAGGAAUCGGGCAACGCUAUCGUCGAUGUUCUCUACGGCAAGGUCAACCCCGCAGCCCGCUCGCCCUUCACCUGGGGUGCGACGCGUGAAAGCUACGGCGCCGAUGUGCUCUACAAGCCAAAUAACGGAAACGGUGCCCCGCAGCAGGACUUCACCGAAGGGGUCUUCAUCGAUUAUCGGUAUUUCGACAAGGCCGACUCCCCGGUCAUCUACGAGUUUGGCCACGGCCUCAGCUACACCACGUUUGAGUACAGCAAUAUCCGCGUUGAGAAAUCCAACGCCGGCGAGUACAAACCCACCACCGGCGAGACCUUGGCGGCCCCCACCUUCGGCAACUUCUCGACCGACCUCAACGAUUACCUAUUCCCCUCGGACGAGUUCCCCUACAUCUACCAGUACAUCUACCCCUACCUCAACACCACCGACCCCGAGAAGGCCUCGGCCGACCCGCACUACGGCCAGACGGCCGAGGAAUUCCUCCCUCCCCACGCGACCGACGCCUCGCCCCAGCCGCUGCUACGCUCGGCCGGCAAGAACGAGCCGGGAGGCAACCGGCAGCUGUACGACGUGCUGUACACGAUCACCGCCGACAUCAAGAACACGGGCCCCGUCGUCGGCGAGGAGGUGCCGCAGCUCUAUGUCUCGCUGGGCGGGCCCGACGAUCCCAAGGUGCAGCUACGCGAUUUCGCCCGGCUGCGGAUCGACCCCGGCCAGACGGUGCAGUUCCGCGGGACGCUGACGCGCAGGGACCUGAGUAAUUGGGAUACGGUGCUGCAGGAUUGGGUGGUCAGUGGGUAUGAGAAGAAGGCGUAUGUUGGGAGGAGUAGCCGCAAGUUGGAUUUGAGCGUUGUUUUGCCAUGAGGGGCGCCGGCCGUUGGGGCGGCCGCCGUUUGGACGACGAAUGGAUGGGGUUGAGGGUAGUGGUGAGAGGGUGUCUGGGAGUUUGGUGGGCGUCGAAACGAGGGUGGUAGCUGAGGUGGCGCUAUCCAAGCAUAAUGAGCUCGUAGGAGUCCUUAAUCGGAUUAAUAACUUCCAGCAUUUGUGAAGACUAGCGAGUACAUGAUCUGGUUUUGUAGGGAGAUCUACAUGAAGAAAGAAGAAAUGAAAGUGAAGACCCGGUAGCUUGGCUUGUUUCCUUAUUACCAGGUUCUGCGCUAAGUAAACAAAGGGUUGGCUUUGUUAGCA